GUCCACUUCCACCGAUUUCCGCCGUCGCUCCCAGCAAGAUGGGUCAUGCAGCGGUGCGCCGGUCCUGCGCUGUCUGCCUUCAGCGGUGAUGUCUCACCACUUGGUGCUGACGAGAGGUCAAGUUUAUGUGGGACGUGUUUGGCUUCACGCGACUUCUCGAAGCGCCACAUGGAGAACUGAUGCGGUUCGAUCCCUUCCAGGCGCCGUUCACGGCGGGUCACGGACGGCUGGUCUGCAGGCCAGGACCUUCGCCACGGACCUCACGGCGGAGGCGGAGGAGGCCGGAUCCUACAGCGGUGCUGGCAGCUCGAGCGGGCUGACACGCAAGGAGGUUGAGGAACUGCUGAAGGACCUUCGCAACACCAGACCAGCCGAGGAUGAUGAUGAGGCCCACCAGGAACAAUGUGCACGUCUGGAAAAGGCAGCUCCAGAUCUUCAGCGCCACCUCAUCACUGGCGAGCUCCCUCUUCGUCUCCAGCUGCUGCGGCGUGUGGCUGAGCUUGGGACGAUUCCAGGAAGACCGAUGCCCUACGCGCUUUACAUGUUGAUCUUCUUAGAGGAGUAUGCCAAGAUGAUCGAAACCCUCCGCGAUGGCGAGACGAUCAUGGACCGCGCCCAGGAGCUUCGGGAGGUCUUGCUGUGCUUCCAUCGUGCUGGUUUGACUCCUGAGCGCUUGAAGCUCCUCUACUCGCACAUCGAGAGGGACUUCCCUCGCUUCGAGGCGGCAGGCGCUCUUCUUCCCAUGGCGAACGCCGUGAGCCUUUGCCAUACGAUGUUGGCCACGGGGCUCAGCUCUCCCGGAGCUGUGGUGGUGUUGUUGCGCUCCGCGUCGCGGACGCCGCUCAUGGAGGUGGCGGACGAUGCCAAGGAGUUGCGGCUCUUGAAAGCCAUCGAGCUUCUGAUCCGAGUGGAUUUUCUCUACACACAGGAGCAACUGCCGCCUGAGGUGGCCGAAUACAUCGCCCUGGUGAGGGAUUUGCGCUUCUACGAUCGCGAGCUGCGUCGGGACACGGCGCUUUCUUAUCAAAUGGCCUUCUUCUUGCGAAAGCACGGCUUUCCCGCCAAGCGCAAGAUGCUGGGGCCAUACCCGCUGAAGAUCUGUGACCCCGAUGAGCGGAUCAACUUCGAGCCGGUGGAGGAGCGCAGCUGGAGAUUUGGUCUCUUAGAGGAACCACCUUCGCGAAAGAAGCGCCAUCUGGAGGCCGUGGCCCUUGGGCUCGGCGAAGGGUGGCUGCAGCAUCCUGGAAGAGCCUGCCGGACUACGACGCGAAGGCCAAGUUCAUCCGGCAGUUGCUGAAGGACAACGAGCUAUUGACACUCUGAGAAUCAAGUCGACGGCUGUCCUGACGGCUGUGCGCAAGAAAAAAUGUUUUGGUUCGUGCCUUUGGGGCGCAACU